AUGUCAUCCACAGAAGCCGACACGAAUCAACAGCGCAAGAAGAACACAUCCAAAGCACAAAGCAGAAAACCAUCCAAAUCCACGGAAAGAGGAGCAACCAACGAAGAAACUGAAAACACAAACGAGACCGUGACAAGCAAGCUGCUCGACCCCAAGUCCACUAACACCGAGUCUAGCCAAGGGACGACGAUCAACAAAGAUUCAUCUGCAGCCAACGAAAGUGAAAACGAUCUUACCAAAGAGGCCGAAUUAACCAACACAACAGAAAGCCUCAAGAAUACUAGCCUGGCUUUGCCUAACAGUGAGGUCACCCCAUCUUCCACCGAAUCCACAAUCAUCACAAAGAAACAUCUUCCAAAAAACUACAUUAUCCCAAAGAUAACUGUAAAGAAGACAAUCAACUUAGGAUCAGACGACUCAGAGGAAGACGAAGACAAAAUGGCGUCAAGUUUCGAAUGCACCGACUUGAUAGCGAACAAACCAAGUCUAGGACCAGAUUGGUACCAAUCAGUAAAGAAAGCCCUCCUGAAUGGAGACAGUAAGGCUGUGUUAGACUUGGUGAAAGAAGACGACGACAUCUUACAAGAGAAGCCUAACCUCAAACCUUCGGGAUCAUUCGUGAAAAAGUUAGACGAUCAACACUGCUGGUUAACCGCCUUCAGAUAUGAUAUGGCGGUCAGACAGAUUGUCGUAGGCCACCAUGUGGACGGAUGCCCUCAAGAUCCUUCCUUGCCACGACCCGAACAAGUCGAAAUCGCGAAGAAUCAGACCGAAACCUUGAGAGACGGCUUCGAAAUGAGACAUGGCAUUCCUUACGCGAAAGGCCAAAAAUGGGAGAAGAAAAGUCCCAUCACCGGGAAGUGGUACGUAGGCGAACAGAGCCACGACAACCCCAACGCCGAUGAAGAUGUAGAAGAGGAUAACAAUUCAAAAGGCAAGAAGAGGGCCAACAAAUGGCGUAACAAAGAAAAUCACCACGAUUACAACGCUAGAGAGGACAUUCGCGAGAAUCAUGACCAUUUCAAAAGAAACAGAGGCAACAGAGGCAAUUCCUAUUGGGGGAGAAGAUCGAGAUCACCCUAUCAGAAAGAAGACCAAGAUUUCUCUAGCAACGAUAAAGGAAAAGGCCAAGGCCAUGUGACAGCAGGCAACAGAGAUAAGGAGUGA